AAAACGGUAUAAUCAUGCUACACAUCUGGCAGCACUGAGACAAGAACAACUUUUAAACUUGCGACAGUUGGAACCGUUAACGUCCGGACGAGCGGGCGACUCCGUUCGCCUCGCGCUGUAACGCAUGCGCCUGGGCGGUAUCGGGAAUGGCGCUAAGUUGGUGGUGGAGGGCGCCAUCGUGAUGGGAUCCGUGCCGGCGAAGAUGCCUCACUCCAGCUCGGUAUGAAAUCGGUGUUGACCAGGACGAUGAGCAGCGCGGUGGGGCGGCUGCUACAGGCUCGCCAAGUUUUGUGUGUAGCUGAGAAAAACGACGCGGCCAAAAGCAUCGCGGAGAUCAUGUCGGGCGGUCGCUUCCGAAGGAGAGAAGGACUUUCAAAAUUCAACAAAAUCUAUGAGUAUGACUAUCAUCUGAUUGGUCAGAAUGUUGCUAUAGUAAUGACCUCUGUCUCAGGUCACCUCCUUGAGUUGGAGUUCAAAUCACCAUUUCAGAAAUGGCACAGUUGUAAUCCUGUGACUCUCUUUGAUGCUGAGGUGGAGAAGUACUGCCCAGAACGCUAUGUGGAUAUUAAGAGAACUCUGGAACGAGAGGUGAGGAAAUGUCAGGCCCUGAUCCUUUGGACUGACUGUGAUCGUGAAGGGGAAAACAUUGGAUUUGAAAUCAUUCAUGUGUGUAAAGCAGUAAAGCCGAAUAUACAAGUGCUGCGAGCUCGAUUUUCUGAGAUUACACCUCGCGCAAUCAGACAAGCCUGUGAGAAUCUGGUAGAACCUGAUCAGAAAAUUAGUGAUGCUGUCGAUGUAAGGCAGGAGCUGGAUUUAAGAAUAGGUGCCUCAUUCACCCGGUUUCAGACCUUAAGACUACAAAAGAUAUUCCCAAAUGUGCUAUCAAAUCAGCUGAUCAGCUAUGGUAGCUGUCAGUUUCCCACUCUGGGUUUUGUGGUUGAGCGUUUCAAAGCGAUCCAGGCUUUUAUUCAAGAAACAUUCUAUAAAAUCAAAGUCACCCAUGAAACGGAAGAUGGCAGUGUAGAAUUUAACUGGAAAAGACAUCGUCUCUUCAACCACACGGCAUGCCUUGUACUUUACCAGAUCUGCAUGGAGGAUCCAGUUGCGACUGUACUUGAUGUCUUUACUAAACCAAAGAGCAAAUGGAGGCCUUUACCCCUUGACACUGUGGAAUUGGAGAAAUUGGUUUCAAGAAAACUGAAAAUCAAUGCAAAGGAGACAAUGAGGAUAGCAGAGAAGCUCUAUACACAAGGAUACAUCAGCUACCCUCGCACGGAAACCAACAUUUUCCCCAAAGAUCUGAACCUUUCUGCAUUGGUGCAACAGCAAACCGUGGACCCAAACUGGGGGGCAUUUGCUCAGGGAAUUUUGGACAGAGGUGGGCCAACACCGCGAAAUGGAAACAAGUCAGACCAGGCCCAUCCACCUAUCCAUCCGACGAAAUACACUAACAAUCUGCAGGGAACCGAGCAACGUAUUUAUGAGUUUAUUGUGCGUCAUUUUCUGGCAUGCUGCUCCCAGGAUGCACAGGGACAGGAAACCACAGUCGAGAUAGACAUUGCAGGAGAGCUCUUUGCUGGUCAUGGUUUAAUGAUUAUUGCACGGAAUUAUCUGGAGGUUUAUCCAUAUGACAAAUGGAACGCUAAGGUUAUGCCUGUGUAUGAGAGAGGCAAGAAGUUCCAACCCACCACUAUUGAGAUGGUUGAUGGAGAGACAAGUCCACCUCAGUUGCUAACUGAAGCUGAUCUUAUUGCUCUGAUGGAAAAGCAUGGCAUAGGAACUGAUGCUACUCAUGCAGAACAUAUUGAAACUAUCAAAUCCCGAAUGUACGUGGGCUUGACAGCUGAUCAGAGAUUUCUCCCAGGAGAAUUAGGCAUGGGCCUCGUAGAAGGGUACGAUUCCAUGGGAUAUGAGAUGUCAAAGCCAGAUCUACGAGCUGAGCUUGAGGCAGAUCUGAAGCUGGUUUGCGAGGGCAAGAAGGACAAGUUCAGUGUGCUUCAUCAACAAGUUCAGAAAUAUAAGCAGGUGUUCAUUGAGGCUGUGACAAAAGCCAAAAAGCUGGAUGAGGCUCUAUCCCAUUACUUCGGGGAGGUGACUGAAGUGACACAGUCUGAGGAGUUCCUGAUGGAAAUUUCAGAACCUGUUCGAAAAUGUCCUCAGUGUGGGAGAGAUAUGGUUCUCAAAUCAAAGAAAGGUGGAGGGUAUUACCUUUCAUGUACGGGGUACCCAAAUUGCAAGUCUGCAGUCUGGUUUCCUGAUUCUGUUCUGGGGGUCAGCAGAGAUGAGAGCAUAUGUCCCACGUGUAAACCACACCCUAUUCACAGGUUAAAGUUUAAGUUCAAACGAGGUAGCGUGCCUCCGCUGGUCCCCUUGGAAUUUGUUGGUUGUAUUGGAGGAUGUGAUGAAAUGCUGAGAGAGAUCUUGGACCUGAGGUAUUUACGGGGAGCAUCACAAUCAAACAAUCAAAUUGUCAACCGUGUACCACAGAGAAGGUCAGAGAACAGAUCGUUCCGGGAUCACAGGAGUACCCAGCCAAAACCUCAGGAAGUGGCUUUCAAGCCAAUGUCCAGGGUUGUCCCUUCAAAUAUGGGAUCUGACAAUAAUGCAGUUGUGUGCAAUUGUGGCCAGGAUGCACUUCUACUGACUGUUCGGAAAGAGGGACCGAACCAGGGGCGGAGGUUUUAUAAAUGUAAUGUUGGCAGUUGCAACUUUUUCCUGUGGGCUGACCAGGAUGCAAGUGACACAGGUUGUGGAGGAUCAGUUAGUAGAGGGAGUUCAGCCUCUGGUGCAGGGAGCUUUCGUCAAUUUGGGAGCAACGGAGCUUCAGGUGGAAGGGAAGCAAUGUGCACUUGCAAUCAACCAGCAGUGACACGCACAGUGCAGAAAGAUGGACCUAACAAGGGUCGGACAUUUCACACCUGCGCCAAACCCAGAGACCAGCAGUGUGGCUUCUUCCUGUGGGCUGAUGAGAAUGUUCCACCAGGGAUGACAAAUAAACGGAGUGAUGGAAACUCCUCCAGAAAUGGUCCAACCGCGAAAAAGCCACGAACAUGUGGGCUGUGCCACCAACCAGGACAUACAAGGACUAAGUGCCCCCAAAACCGCUGAUUCUCCCCCAACACUGAUGUUUGGUAAUGAACUGGAAAAUACUGGCUACAGAGAAAGCUGCUGCUUCACUGGUCUCUAACCUUUAUGACCAAAACCAGCUGAAACCAUGUGAACAGCUCUACUUGAGUGCUGGCAGCACAUGAAGAGUGUCCUCCUGGAUUCACUAAUACAGAACUUGGAAUGGUACCUGUUGAUAAGCUGCUGAAGUACAGCUACAUUGCUAGUCUGGGAGAUGAAUUUGCAGUGUGAGGUGAUUGUGAACUUUGUGGGCCUCAUUUGUGUAUUGUUCUGGGUGCCCAGUUGAAGAAUCUGAAAACAAUAUGGACCCCAUUAUAAAAUCCAGUAAUCAA